AUAAAUAUUUGGGAUCGGAAUUGUGGAGGAAUGAGGCCUAGACCUCUUGGGUUUUGUAAAUAAGCCCUUGUAGAUGCAUUGUAUUAUUAUUGCAUUGAUAUUCCUAAAACCCUUUUUAUUGUAAAUAGUAUGUAUAAAAUGCUUGCAAAGUCCCUAUGUUGCAAAGAAUGCAGGCAGGGCCAAGAGUUCAUGCCUGCUGUAUUUUAGUUUCACAUUUAGGAUGUCAGUUUGACAGUUUGGUUUUGCAGGGAAGACCUUUUUGGAAAAUGGAGGGAACUUUGUGUUACACUGACUGGGUUGUUUAAAAAACUGUUGGAGAAAAUUAUGUAUAUAUAGAAGGCUGCAGGGGCGUAACGAGGCUGGAGUGGGCCCAGAGACAAAAUUUUAAAAUGGGCCCCUCUCUGAUGCACACACACACACUUCACAUGUGACUUGCCUCUGGGGGGGGGCCUCGAAACGUGGGGGGGCCCAGGCAGCUGCCUCCCCUUGCCUAAUGGUAGAUACGCCCCUGGAAGGCUGUUUUUGCAGAGAAUGAGUCAAAGUUGGAGAGUCCUGGGAAAAGGCAGUGUGCAGUUUUGGAAAAGAGAGAGAAGGAGAGUCUCUCUGAAGACACAGCUGGGGACUCAGUGAGCUUCUUCUCACGAGCAGUGAGAAGGGCUCCAGAGUGGACUGCAGGGAAGGCAGGUUAGACGUACCUUCCCUGCAGACGAGGAGCUCUUUCCCCCUGGGCGAGUGACAAUAAUGCGUUAAUGAGUGUGUGAUGCAUUAUUGGGAUCCCUCUUGCCUCCCCCCAAGUCUGCCAGCCAGCUGACACACGAUUGGCAGAAUGGAGUUAGGAGAGUGCUCAGUCUCCUAACCCCAUUUUGAGGGGAGGCUCCACAAGCGGGUUUGCCACUGUGGUGUUGCCGGGAUCGGACAUGAUCCUGGCGCUUCACAUGCGUGUGCAAAACCAGGCUGGGCUCCUUUAGCCCAGUUUUGCACACACAUGUGAAUAGCCUCAGAGAUUGAAGAAGUACAUCUUGGUGAGCUGAAUGAACUGGGUCCAGUCAAAGUGGAGAAUGUGAGGCCAGUCAAAGCUGAAGAAUUGCUAGCCCAGGCUGGGAGAAUCAGUGCUGUGGCUGUAACAAGAGCUGAAAUCACAGAAUAACCAGGCUGGAUUGAACCCUAGGCCUGUACUGUGACCAGGUCAAGAGAAGGACAAGCCAUAGUUGCUAAAGCUAUGACAGAGGAAAUAGAAUAUGCACAGCUGAAUUUUCACAAAUCUCAUGGACUAGAAAAUGUCCAUGAACUUCAUACUGUUGAAGUGAAAGAGCCAUUGAAACCAAAAGAGUUGCAGUGCAAAGAACCCUUUCAGGAUAUUCCCACAUCAUCCUUUAGAUGGCGCAUUUGUGCAUUGGUUGCAUUAAUUCUGUGUUUACUGUUACUGGUAGGCCUGCUAGUGCUGGGUAUUAAGUUUAUCCAGGUUACCAUGGACUUGCAGGUACAGCACAGAGACCUCCAGUUGGCUUGGGAAGAUCUGAAAAUGAAUUCAUCAAGGAAAAUCUUACACAUUAAAGCAAAUUUGUGCCUGGAAGGAGAGAAAGUGGACACAAACAGUGAUCUGAAGUGCACACUCUGUCCCACCAGUUGGCAUUUAUUUGGUGCCACAUGCUACUAUAUUUCAACAGGCAAGAAGACUUGGCAGGAAAGUAAGAAUUUUUGUUCCUCAUGGAAUUCCACCCUUUUGAUCCCUCAGGAGAAGAGCAGAAACUGGGUACAGAACACUUUCCAACAAACAAAUUUUUGGAUUGGAAUAUAUAAGGACAGAAGUGGCCAAUGGUUUGAGACUAAUGAAGUACCUUGCAGUAAAAAGUACCUUUCAAUGUCAUGGUUUUACCUCAGAAAUGUCAGGAAUCAGGAGGAAUGUGCCUACCUGUCCUCUUGGUAUGUCUAUAGCGAAACAGGAUGUCAUUCGGAAACGAUCCAUCACUGGAUAUGUGAGAAGGCAGCCUAUGAGUUGACUUAAGAAGAAGGUCUGACUAACAGGAUGUUUGCUUAUUAAGAAGCAAUAGUUUGUUGUUUGUUGUUGUUAGGAAAACUCUGCUGAAUUGGCUUCCCUGUUGAAAGGAGGGGAUUGCAUGAACCAUUCUAUCUAUAAUUUCGUUUAAAAUCUAAAACUUACUGUAAAUUAUAUUUAAAUGUUGUGCCUCACUGCAGGCUCCUUCAGAAAUGCAAAACAGAUAAAUAUUGUAAAAGAGUAA